AUGAAGAAAAGCCGUGUGAACAAAGACAAGAAGGACACUCUCUCUGAAGUCGCUGAGGGCGCUCAAGAUGGAGGCCAGGCUGAUUCUGACAUACCCGAUGGAUUAGACCCUGCUCUUGCUAAAGCGCUCAGCCUUAUGACGGCCAAUAUUAUAAAAGUGAUUGAUGAAAAACUUAGUCCACUGGCUGAGACUAUUCACAAACACGCCGCGGAGCUCCAGACUGCCAGUAAACGGCUUGACGAAGCAGAGGCUAGGCUGCUAGCUACAGAGGAGGCAGCUGCCACGCAUGAGCCCCGUAUUAUCGAGCUGGAAAAGCAGGUCAGUGCCUUGAAGAACAGUCUGGACAUGGCGGAAAACUACAACAGGCGCUUAAAUAUUCGUGUCGUUGGCCUGGCAGAAGAUACUGAGAAGGGACAACCGGUGGAUUUCUUUGAGACUUGGCUGUCCAAUGUGUUAAAGCUGACCACCAAAGCCGGGCGCGUAAAGCUCGAAAGAGCCCACCGCUCCCUCGCACCGAAACCGGACCCAGACAAACGUCCCAGAUCGCUACUGCUCCGGUUCCACUCAUUCCGAGAUAAGCAGAGAGUAAUGGAAGCGGCGCGCAGAGCCAGCAAUGACGGUGGUUUGAUUCACAACGGAUCCAGACUGUCAUUCUUCAGUGAUUAUUCCUCUGCGGUGGUGAAGAGACGUAAAGAGUAUGAUGCGGUGAAGCAGCUGCUGCGGGAGCGUGGGAUUCCUUAUGCCAUGUUGUUCCCAGCUAUUCUCCAGGUGACCCAUGGAGGCUCCAGAAGGAAAUUCACUACACCAGGGGAGGCUCACGACUACAUAGACACCAUGUCUGGAUGA